UCAUUGUUCGAGGGGGCGGGGGAGAGGAGCGCGACACUGUCAGAAAGAGGAAAUCUAACAAGUGAGAGAACUGUUGCAUUUCGGUAAAGACGUUUACCAGUAGAUUUCAAGAUCAAAAGUCUACAAAAUGUAUCGUUAGAAUAUUUUGGACCAUAGAAAGGACGUGAAAAGUUAAUUAGUUAAGUCACUGUCUAUUUGCCUCGGGUGUUGAUGGCCGGGUGAUCUGUUACGCACUGACUGAAAAAAAGAACACUCGGCGCACGACGGCUCAUUGUAGUAGGCUAGCCUUUAAUCAGAGUGAUGAGUUUGUGGUUUACGACAACAAUUUUGGUCAAAUUAGAAAAAAACGGAAAGUGGACUUGCUGUUAGUUUUCGAGUUCGUAGGACUAUUCUAUAGCUUGGCAUCUCACCAGGGCGAAAGUGAGGAUGAGCUGUCCUCACAGAUUUCUCGACCACGUUGAAAGUCUGACUGCACUUGGCUGAGAAAAUCCCCAUACCACGUCGUAUCGCAGAUUAUCGACACUUCUAUUGAGCAGCUAGGAGGAAAAGAAUGCUCCUGGCACAAGAUGUCUGAUUCGGAAGCAAACAGUGGAACCUGAGAUAUUCUCUGCUACGACUCAGCGCGCCACAAAAAACAGAGGAACAAGUUUUCAUGAGGAACAGAACAUUUUCUCAACACUGUGUUUUGAUAAAUACUGACUUUAAAAUAUAUAUAUAUCUGAGAGGGGAAUGUGUUAGUCUACCCAUGAGGAAAACACACCCAGGAUUAAGCAAAUUAAAAAUACAUAGAGAAAGAGAAGGACAAGGAAAGAGGAAGGAAAAAAAGACCAGAGAUUGAAGCAUUUUUUUCAUUCCCUUCCACUGAUCCUUGGACCAGACAAAACCUCUCUGCCUCCUCCCCUUUCCCCCUCAGCGCCUCUCUCUCACCAUCUUUCCCCUUAGUCCCGGUUAUCCCAGAGUUCAUUCUGGCCGGCACCACCAUUCCGGCCAAGGGGGAGGAGGACUUCCUUACGCUGGCCGCCACCCGGCUCAGCCGCAGGAAACGUGUCAUCGGGGCAGGAGUGGGCGUGGCCAUGGUGCUGGUGCUGCUGGUUGCCAUCCCCUUAUUGGUUCACACCACCAAAGGGGGCGCGUCUGGGGGUGGGAGCACCCAUUAUGAGAUGCUCGGCAGCUGCAAGAUGGUGUGCGACUCUUUCACCCCCCCACAGGGAAGCCACGAGCUGACUGCUGUCUCCCCCCAACCCCCAGACUUCACAGGGAGAAGGGGCAAAUCUGGGUUUCGUGGGAGCCCUGGACCUCCUGGCCCCCCAGGCCCCAGAGGUCCCCCUGGAGAACCAGGCAAGCCAGGCCCCCCUGGGCCCGCCGGCCCUGGCCCAGGGGGCUACGUCCCCUCCUUCUAUAGCCCCAAGAUUGCCUUCUAUGCAGGCCUCCGUAAACAGCAUGAAGGGAGUGAAGUGUUGAGGUUUGACGACGUGGUGACAAAUGUGGGGAACUACUAUGAACCCAGCACUGGCAAGUUCACCUGCCCUCUACCUGGCAUCUACUUCUUCACCUACCAUGUCCUGAUGAGGGGCGGAGACGGGACCAGCAUGUGGGCCGACCUGAAGAAGAAUGGACAGGUGAGGGCCAGUGCCAUAGCCCAGGAUGCUGAUCUGAACUAUGACUACGCCUCCAACAGUGUCAUCCUGCACCUGGACGUGGGGGACGAAGUGUGUGUGCAGCUCGAUGGGGGCAAAGUCCACGGAGGAAACACCAACAAAUACAGCACCUUCUCUGGCUUCCUCAUCUACCCUGACUGAUGGCAUUCAUGCGUUACACACACACAAACAUACAACCACACAAACAAUCUCCCAGGCAAACAUAUACAGCACCUUCUUCGGGAUUCUCAUCCAACCUGAUUCUCUAAACCUCUCUCUCUCUCUAUUGCUAAAACACACACAUUAUUUAAAGAAACAGAUGCAGUGGGAAAAGGAAAAUGUAUAUUUGCUCUGUGUUUUUUAUGUCUUUAAAAGUUUGGAUAGUGGCCGAACCAUAACAUUCCAAACCAAAUGCAGUUACAAGGCAUCUAAUGUGCAAGUGUGUAUAUAGAAAUGUUAAUUUAAUAUACACAUCCACAUGUCCAUUCGUUUGUCGUGCUGCAGCACCCUCACUUCCCACGGCUAUGGGUCCGGUCCGCCUGCAGGUCUAAAAAAAGUAUAUAUUUUACAUUUCAUUUUUUUUUUAUUAGUAUUACUGUGUUGUGUAAUUCUCAUGAUAUCCCUGAAUCACAGAUAUUUAAAUUAAACUAGCAUGUAAGUAUGUGGUGAUAAACAAGAAUUAUGUCAAGACAAAAAAAGAUAUAAUCUUGAUAUUGUGUAUAUUCUUAAAGUUACAUACACUCCCCUCCAUAUGUAUGUGGACAGUGAAGGAUUUUUUUUUUAAUCCAGCAUUUUAGAUUUGAGAUAGAAUGUUUCAUGUAAGGCAACAGUGCAGAAUGUCACCUUUUAUUUUAGGGUUAUUUUCAUACAUAUCCGUUUUACCUUUUAGAAAUCAAAGCGCUUUAUGUAUCAAAGCACUUUAUGUAUCCAUUUGAAUAAGUCAUAAGUAUUUGUACAAAUUCACAUAUUGUGUAUUAAAGUAGUCAAACGCUAUAAGUAUUUGGUCCCAUAAUCCUUGCACACAAUGACUACAUCAAGCUUGUGAUUCUAAAAACUUGUAUGCAUUUGCGAGUUUUUUUGUGUGUGUUUUGGAGAAAACAAAUUGCCCAAUAGGGACUAGAUACAAAGAGAUAGCCUAUGCAUGAAAAUACCCUCAAAUAAAAGGUGACAUUCUGUACUGUUGCCUCAUAUGAAACAUGUGUUCUCAAAUCCAAAAUGCUGGAGAAUAGAGCCAAAUAAAAAAAUGCAGCUUCACUGUCCAAAUACAUACGUAUGGAGUGGAGUGUAUAUAUUCACUUCUGAUGCACACACAUCUGUGUAUGUGAUCAGGUAUGUGGAAGCAUACAUUACUCAUGCACACACACACAGAAAUGCACACACACACACACACACAGAAAUGCACACAAACACAGACAGAAAUGCACACACACACACACACAGUGAUUAAUCGACUUCCCCUAUCUAGUGUUGCAUUGACAGGAGCUGACCAUUUCGACCACCAGUGUGGAAUUGAGUAAAAUCGUCUCAGAAUGCAGACUGUAAAUCGAACACUUCGAGCUUGGCUGCGGGGCCUCCCGCCUCCCUUCUUCGCUCCGAGAUGGAUUUCCAAUACGGCUGAAGACACAAAACGAGAAAAGUCAUGAAUAUAUUGAUCGGAGCUGAUAAUACACGCAACAUCACGAACAUCAUCCAGUAUGGUGUGUGUGUGUGUAAAGAUAAGUAUCAUGUUGUUGUUAGUUUUACCCACAUGGCCCCUGGCUACAGCUAUGGGGGUGUUCCUAACACACAGGAUAUCAACGAUGAGGCUUAUGGCAGACAGAUACAGUAUUUUUCCAGACCUUAUGGCGGAUGAUAGAGCAUCAUCAUGUUCCACUAAUGAUCCUGUGUAUAAACCCUCAACUGUUGGCAGGACUACUAUAGGAUUACUAUUCCUAUAUUCACUUUACAUUCAAUUGAUAACAUAGCAAUUUAAAAUGGGUGUCAAAGGCAUACACAGAGAUGGAGCUUUAGAUCAUACUGGUUAUUUGUAUAUAGAUGAGUCUUCUUUUCUUCAAAGGUAAAGCAGACGGUUUGUUUACAGUGUGGAUAUGGACAUUGAGGAUUCAUCUUGUACUCUGUACAGAACUAGUUUCAAAUUUUCAAAUAUAUGCUACCGUAGAGUGUCUUCAAUGGAAAUGUGCAUCUUUGUGUGUUUUAUUGAAUGUACCAUACAUUACUAAUUGUAAAUGCAAUCCAAAUAUGCAGGUUCAGGUUGAUGCUGUCGGUCAAAGAUGUUAUGCAAACACUUGACACAGUGGCAACGAGAAUCUAUAAUGUUUCACUUGUGUUAUCGAUCAGAAUGGAUUUCAUGGCGGUUUUAGUGUGGCGACAUAGUUAUCUUGUCAUACCAUAACAAAAUACAACUAACUAUCUUUACAUCAAUGUAAAUGCCCUGCCUAGACAAUACCAUGAAAAACAGAUCCUCAUGACACGCAUCUGUAGUUAGAGCAUCAUACAUGUACCUAAUGUAAGUAGUUGUACAUGUUACAGGACUUCAGAGGAGGGCUCUAUUGUAACAAGUAGUUGUAUUAGGAAAACCCCUGAAUAAACCACUGCUGCAGCAGGGAUGAUACUGCUACACCAUGUGUGUGCAUUAAUGUUACAACCCAGUAAACCGGUGUGUGUGUCGAGUCUCAGGUCCAACUACAGGACAGAGCUUUGGGCUUGAUCUAGAGACAGAACACUGGUUAUUAUCAAACUGCAUCAGUCAGAUGAAAACAUUAUUCCUGUAUUAUACCUUAACGGACAGUAUUGCAACAACCAUCUACCAUCUCAUUUACACCAACGUAAUGUACAGAUUAGUUUGUGUGUGAGUGUACAUGACCUUCCUCUGUGUCAUGCUGCAUUCUGCUGUGUUCCCUGGCACUAAACAAUGUUAAGUAACUUACUGUUGAAAAAGAAACCUGAUCUUUGUUUUUGAACAGUAUGAAUUGAUUGUUGUCACUGUACCUUGCAAGCUGAGCUGUGUGUGUAUAUCUUAUGUAUAAUACUAAAAACUCAGCCCUAAGACUAUAUCUAAGACCUACAAUAAACCAAUGUGAAGAUG